AUGAGUCCGAAAAAGCAAAUUAGAACUAUCUCUUCCAAAAAGCCUAGGAAGCCAAGGAAUUCCCAAACGAGAAGUCGACUCCCAAAACUAACAAAGAAUGAGUUCAGCACUAUGAUGUGUAUCCAAGUAACGAAAGGGGGUCUUCGACUCAAAGAACCAGAGAUUACCUUCCCUUUCCCAAUGUGGCUGGAUAAAAGAAAACAAGAAAAAGUAUCUGACCAAGCCACAGAAAAUCAGAUCUCCCCCUCGAAGAUUAGUGAAAAUAGAUGUCAAGAAGAAAGUGAGAAAAAAAAGAGUAAUGAAUCCGUCAAUUUCUCUGAUGGGAAAAAUUUGACAAGAAUUGGUUACUGCCUCUAG